AUGUUGAAUCAGUCUCGGGUGGACGUCUUGGUCUUGACGGCUUUUCACGAGCUGCAUGUGCUUAGGUUCUUCUACGUGUGCGUGACAUGCGCGGCUUACGUGCUGAUCGUGGUGUUCAAUGCGUCGUUGGUGCUGGUGAUCUGCAUGCGCAGUGCUCUGCACCAGCCCGUGUACAUCUUCUUAGCCAACCUGAUGUGUAACACUCUGAUCGGCUGCACCGCCUUCUACCCCAAACUGCUGCACGACCUUCUAAGCGACGUGCAGCUCAUCUCACCAGCCGGCUGCCUGGUGCAGGCCUUCUUCGUGCACGUCUAUGUUUCUGUGGAGUGUACCAUCCUGACGGUCAUGGCGUACGACAGGUACGCUGCUAUCGUGCACCCUCUGAGCUAUCACGACCUCCUCCGCCCCUCUGCCGUGUACAAGCUGCUCGCUGUCUCCUGGACUUUACCCAUUGUGGCGAAUGUCUGUGUGUUGUCAGCCAGCGGGACUCUGCCGCUUUGCGGGAACCGAGUGGGGCGUACCUUUUGCAGCAACAGGUCCAUUACACACCUAUCCUGUGUGGACAUCUCGUUGAUCAGCCUGAUUGAGCUGCUGCUGGCCGCCGCCGUCGUCUUCCUGCCUCUGGUGAUGAUCUUCUGCUUCUACGUGAGAAUCCUCAUCAUCAGCUUCCAGCUGUCCAAGAACAGCAGAACCAACAAAGCUCUGUCCACAUGCAUCCCUCACCUGGUCACAUACGUCAGCUUCGUCACCAGCAUCGUCUUCGAGGUGGUGCAGCCGGCACUGGCAGCCAAGAACCUGCCUCACGUCUUCAGGGUCAUCAUGUCCAUGGAGGGCUUCCUGGUGCCGCCGCUGCUCAACCCGCUCAUCUACGGCCUCAAACUGCCCCUCAUCAGGCAGCACGUCCGGCAGCUCUUUCACCCACGCCAAGGCCCCCGCCCCCGCUGUCUGAUCAGAAUGCUGGGCAUCUGA